UGUAGGCGAGUGCUAACAGGGUUGUUGCAGUGCAGCCAUGGCCAUGAAAGCACAGCUCCUUCGGUUGCUUCCUCUGCUGCUCCUGCUUCUUCCUUCUCCCCUCCGCAAUUACCUCUCGAAUGAUGAAGGCGCUGGUGAUGGCGGAGCCGGGAAGGGCCGGCUCCAAGUCUACCACCCGAUAAUCUUGUUCCCUGGCAUAAGCUGCCCCAACCUGGACGCGCGGCUCACCGACGCCUACACGCCGUCGCUGCCCCGCUGUGGCACGUUCAAGGGGAAGGGGUGGUUCCCGCUAUGGAACAACACGCAGGACGUGCUCGACCAUGACUACCUGCCGUGCUUACAGGAGCAGAUGAGCCUCGUGUACGACCCCGUCCUCAACGACUUCCGGAACCAACCCGGUGUCGAGACGCGCGUACCGGACUUCGGCUCCUCCUAUGGCUUCACCUCAAAGGAUGAACUGGGCAGCCUUAACAUGUUUUGCAUGUUAAAACUCCGUGAAGCACUCGAGAUAGUAGGUUAUCACGACAGAGAUACCCUUUUCGGAGCUCCUUAUGACUUACGCCACGCUCCACUUUCGCCCGGGCAGCCAUCUCAGGUGUACACCGACUACUUUGCCAGUGUCAAGGAUCUGGUGCAUCAUGCGAGCGAGAAGAAUGGGAACAAGCCCGUCAUCCUUGUCGGGCAUAGCUUCGGUGGCAAGGCAAUCCUUGACUUCGUCAAUUCGACUCCCCUUUCAUGGAGGAAAAAAUUCAUUAAACACAUUGUCCUAGCCGCGCCCACACCUCCUACUGGAUUUUUGGAGGUCCUCAGGAACCUCGCCUCGGGGCCGUCAGUCAUUCGUGUACCGACGGUGCCGUGGCUGGGUUUACGGCCAAUGUGGAGAACUUUUGCGAGCUCCCUUACAUCCUUCCCUUCCCAUAGGGUUUUUGGUCAUCAGCCACUUGUAGUCACCCAACAUAGGAACUACUCAUCGUAUGACUACGCAGAUUUUCUAACGGCUCUCGGUAUCAGCACUGACAUCAUAAAACAGAUGCUUCCCGUCAAUUUGAAGGUUGAUGCUCCAAUGGUGCCAACAACAUACCUCAGUGGCAUUGGUAUCCAAACGGUAGAACAGAUGGUAUACUGGGAUGGUAACUUUGAUGUGGAGCCGGAGUAUGUGUAUGGUGACGGUGACCUUGUCAUCAAUAUAGCUAGCUUGUUAGCAUUCGUGAAAGAAAUGAGUAGGCAACAACAGCUGAGUAACAUACACUUCAAGUUCGUCAAGAUUGUUAAUGUUACCCACUCUACUAUUGUCUUCCAGGAACGUCCGCUCAAGAUAGUUAUGGCUGAAAUUCUAGAAGCAAAUAGCAGAAGAGACAUCAUGUGAUACUUUCAUGUUUUCGUUCAUAUUAAGCAUGUUCUGUUCUCGUCAGAGAAUUCGUCAUUGUUGUGGAAUAAAACUAUUAUGUAAGGAUUUCUCAUAAGUUGAAUGAGAAUCAGAGACCUCACUACUAUA